AUGAAAGGUGUGCAGUGUGCUCAAUAAUUCUGGAAAGAUUCUUCUCGAUAUUUUUCUGCAAUAGAAAUAGUAAUAGUAAUAGUAAUCUGCAACUUCCCUAGCAUAAGAAAACUUCAAUGUUGUCCGGAACCGGGCUAAGAGUCUCUGCACUACCAGAAAGAGCACCGCCUUUCUUCCUUGAACAGCGAGUGAAAUCCAGUCAAUAAUAGUGGGGUGACAUUAGGGAGAAAACAGCAGCAGCCCUAACAGACACAAUCAAAUGCACACUUUGUAGUGAUAUGAUUCCAACACAAGAUUUUGUGCCCUGCUACUACAUGGCGGAUUCAGGGAGUGCCCACAUGGAAAUUGCUUGACAUAUGUCGCCAUUACAAUCACAUCAUUCAUGCACACAAGUUGAUUGGUGCGUAGUCCUGUCUGAGAAAAACUCAUCUGAUGCUUCCUCCUACUUUCAUAUACUAUAAUUUUUUAGGGAAGUGGGGAACUGCCUUUCCAAGAAACUAAUUAAAGUAAUGGUGCUGAAAGAUGGGAUUAUCACGAGCUGAGAUGACUGGCUAAUUACCAAUUAGUGAGUUUCUGAGUGUGCCAUUAAAUCUCAAAAGCAAGAAAGUUGUUGGAGCUAAGAGAAAAAAAAACACACAAGGAACAGAAAGUAGUGGGGGAAACAUAGUGGAAUUUUCAUCCUCCUAUGGUACUCUAUAUUUUCUGUGACUGGAUACGUUUGAGAAACAGCAUAAAACCCUCAUCAUUUCUUUGCUUGGAUUCUGAAUCCUAAACAGAGAAUAACGAAUCUUUUGUGUCAUUCAGUUAGGGACUUAAUUUCUUGGUCCUCCUCCUUUCAGCUCAUGUUGUUUUCUUUAGCUAGUAUCGAUCAUGGCUGCUCUAAAGAUAUUAAACUGUCUCAACAAGCCCUGCAUUCUCCUCAUAGUGAUUUCUGGGAUGGAGAGGUUUGCGUUCAAGGGCGUGGCGUCGAAUUUGGUGACGUAUCUGACGGAUGUGAUGGAGAUGAGCAAUUCUUCGGCUGCAAAGUUCGUGAAUAGCUGGGUGGGGUUCACGUCGAUGCUGCCAUUGAUAGUCGCGACGCUGGCCGACACUUACUGGGACAGAUACUCCACCAUUGUUGCGUCGUCUCUGCUCUACGCUGCGGGACUGUUAGCUUUGACAUCAACUGCAGUUAGAUGGCCUACGGACAAACUAGGAUCGAUCUCAUUCCUGUCGUGGUCACUCUACAUGAUUUCUCUGGGCCAAGGUGGGUACAACCCGUCGUUACAAGCCUUUGGAGCAGACCAGCUCGAAAAUGAAGAUGAACUCAGCUGUACUAAUGGUGACGACGACGAAAAAUCCGGCAAGAAAAGCAUGUUCUUCCAGUGGUGGUACUUCGGCGUGUGCUGUGGCAGCUUGUUGGGCGUUUCGGUUAUGUCUUAUGUUCAGGACAACUUGGGAUGGGGACUAGGAUUCGCCAUCCCCUCUUUUGCAAUGAUUUGUUCCAUCCUAAUGUUCUUCUGCGGCAACCGACUCUUUCUGCACAAGCACGGCGAGGCCAAGCAGUUCGCCGAUGUUGUCCAAGCCAUCAAAGUGAGUGUGCUGAAUAUCAUCAAUGGACGUAACAGAAGUGGAUAUGCUGUGGUUGAGUUAGAACUACAACAGAACGAAGAACAAGACGAGGAAUCAUCAUCGGCAUCGUCAUUGUCCAAGGCCGGGGGCGGCCAUGAGGAGCCUUUGCAUGCGAAGAAGGCCGCGACAAUCGUGCUGCGGCUGCUGCCGGUUUGGAUCAUGCUUCUACCGUUUGCGGUGAUCUUCCAGCAGCCGGCGACGUUCUUCACAAAACAGGGCAUGACAAUGAGGAGAAACAUCGGGAGCAGAUUCAAGAUCCCGCCGGCUGCGCUGCAAAGCUCGAUUACCAUCUCCAUAAUCCUCCUGAUGCCUCUCUACGACACGGUGUUCAUCCCUGUGGUGCGUGUUCUAACACGGCACGAAAAGGGGAUCAGCGUGAUGCAGAGGAUGGGCGUCGGGAUGUUCCUGUCAAUCAUAGCCAUGAUCAUUGCCGCCAUUACAGAAAGAACACGGCUGAGCCAAAACGAGGCUACUACAUUCAGCAUCUUCUGGCUGCUACCUCAAUAUGUGCUCCUUGGAAUAUCCGAUAUCUUCACCGUCGUCGGGAUGCAGGAGUUCUUCUACUCGGAGGUGCCCAAGAGAAUGAGGACGAUGGGGAUUGCCUUGUACACAAGUGUAUUCGGCGUCGGGAGCUUCCUCAGCGCCAUCCUCAUCACGGCGGUGGAAAUCAUAACCAGCGACGGAGGGAAGGCGGACAGCUGGUUCUCCGAUGACAUGGCCAAAGCCCGGCUCGAUAAGUACUACUGGUUUCUGGCAUUGUUGAGUUCGCUAAGCAUGCUGGCUUACGGGACUUUUGCCAGGUUUUUCAGAUGUAGAGAAUCAUAAUAAUAAGCAGUGGUCAAUGUAUAUUACGAAUCUUCUUGUAGUCCUUCAAAUUUGUUCCUUUGUUUUUAUAUAUAGGUUUUUAAUUUCGUGCAUUAGGAAAGUUCGAAUACAACCAUUCUUUGGUCAAAUCGGCUUGACCAUAUUCAACAGGGUUCAUUCAA